AUGGAGCAAAUCCUGCUCAAAAAACGCAAGAAAAAAAUCGGCACAACAUGGUGCUCGGCAUUAAAUUGCAAUCACAACAAGAAGGAUAAUGAAGAACUCUCCUUUUAUCGCUUUCCAAAAGAUGUAAACAGGUGAGCUUAAAGAGUCAGAACAUUGUCAUGUCCAACCUUCCAAAGUUUUGAGACAUAGUAAAAGCAUCUACAGAAUUAAAUACAAUGUCUAUAAAUGGCUGGACGAUCGAUGACAAACGAUGUGUUUUCAACAUUUUGUUUAUAGGUCUAAAAAAUGAGUUGUCAAUUGCCGAUGAGAAGACCUUGUCAAGUAUGACGCAGAAAAGCUUCAUAAAAAUAGCCGCCUUUGCAGUGCACAUUUUGAAGAAGAAAUGUUUGCGAAUGCUUUGAAGAAAAGGUUGAAAGACAACACAAUUCCAACCAUUUUUGACAUGCCAAAUCCACCUCCGAAUAGGCGUAAAGCGAAGACUGUUAUUUAGGCAAGAAACCCCGACAAAUGGUAAUUUAUGUACUGUAUUUUAUACCUUGAAAACCAUUUUAAAAACCAUGAAUUGACAUGAACAUCAAGCGGGAAAUUUAAAGAGAAUACAAUGUAAAAAGACGGUUAAGUUAAUUAAAAUGUACACAAACCCUUUGUUUACAUAACCGGCCCGUUUGUUGGGCUUUAAAUUUCCCGCCUCACAUCAAACACGCUGAGGUCAAGUAAUAUAUAUUUAAUCACAGUGAUUUACUGUAACUAAACUAAACCAUUAAUUAUACCUUUACUCUUAAGUACCGUAAAUUCAUACACAAAAACAUUUUUAUUUAGGCAAAAAGAGAAAAUUUAAUACAGUUGAAGCUUCAAGUACAUUAUCACAGACAUCAGAGACAGAGAGUACUGGUAAACUUUUUUUAGUAGAACGUUUUAGCUGGUUUUAGUCUUUAUUGUAUAUAAUACAGAUUAAAUAAAUAUAAAUGACAGUCAUGUAUUGUGGCAUCUCCGAAGUCUCAGCGGCAUAAUGGCUAGAAUAAUGGCUGGAAGGGCUGCCUUCAUAAAAACCUGAAAUCUGGGCAUACAUUUUGGAGGGAUAUGAAGAUGAAGAAUAUGCCAGAAACAUACACCCUGGCUAUGCCAGCCUCUAUAAACCUUUGUUUGCAAUGGCGUAGACAUGUAGGGUGAUCAAUCGCCCCUCUAAUUGCAUAAAAUUUGAGGGACUCUAGAUUUAAAAAUAUUGCAACUCAACAACUGUGAAGAGAAUGAUGUUGCAAAUGAUAGCACUAAAGUGUGUAGUAAUGUGUGUAAAAUAGGCCCUGUCACACUGUUGCAUAUAUCAUACUAGCAUAUGCCAGCAUAUGAAAAAUAUACAUUAGGCAAAGGUGAGAGCCCCGGCGAUACAGAAAUAUUUUUAGCAUGCUUAAAUAUUUUGUGUAUUCGGACCUAUGGUUUAUACUAGGAUAAGCAUACUUUAGGCACAUGCCAAAUACAUUAGAGGUACCCCAGAUGUACUGAACUCAUACACUGGCAUUUCAAGGGAUUUUUGUAAUUUUGUACAUAUGAAAAUUAUUUCAUCAUUAAUUUUCAUAUAUUUCUCUCAUAUGCAAUAACAUGAUGGGGCCUUUAAAAUCAAUUGACCGUAAUACAGUAUACAACUUAAUAAUUGGUAUAGAAUUAAAACUCACCCGUGCAAUACAUUAAAUGUUAAUAAAUGCAUAAACACUUUGUUCCAGGUCCUCCCUGUCCGUUUGAUCAUCAUCACUUCAACGACAUAGACAGCAAUGUGAAUACAUCAGCAGAUAUAUCUUGUAUUGACAAAGGUAUACAACAUCCUAUCAGAUCAGGACAAUGUUUCUUGCACUCAACCCAUUACAGCAUAAGACUCUCCCCUUGAUAAGUAAAAUUGUCUGGCAUUAUACAGAGUAAAAGAAUAAAAUAAAAUUUGUGGCCUAAUGGGUUAAUGAUAAAUAAAAUUGAUUUAGAAGACAAACCAUUAAUAGUUCAUCAUUAACCUAUGCACAAAUUAUGUCUUGUGCUAGAUAUCACAAUGUCUCCUGUCUCCCAAACCGAACAGAAAAAAUCAACAUCAUUCACCAAGAAGCACUAUGAAGCAAAUGGCAAAACAACGUAAAAGAGUGCAACGUCUAAGACAGGCCCUAAAUAUGAAGAAAAAACAAAAACAACAACUUUUAAGAUGCACUAAGGACAAUGUUACCAGAAAGAAUGGUCAAAUUCAUUGAUCUUCAAAUCGACCUACAUUAAAAAAAAACAAAGGGAAAAGAUACAUGCCAGAAAUGAAGUCAUUUGCUCUAUCACUGUACCAUGUAAGUGGCAAGGCAUACAGGUUGGAGCCAAGGUCAAAUGCAUGAAUGAAGCCAGCAAACUAUGUAGCAUUUGUAUGGAUGAGAUUUAUUUAAAAACAUGCUUGUUGUUUGAUUCAGCUAAAGAUGAGGUGGUUGGUGUGGACGAUUUUGGAGAUGGAAAGCACAGUGAACGUCUGGCUACAUCAGCUGUCAUGUUCAUGGCUCGGGGAAUCACUGGAAAUUGGAAACAGCCCUUGGUUACUAUUUAG